UUGUUUCCAAAAGAGGAGUUAACAGAAUUACAGUGUCUGAUCCAACUAGCUGCUCUGAUGAUCCUCACUGGACCAUACUAUGUCAGAGAGCCACAAUGAUCAUGCAAAAUAACAGUUCAUCCUCGCCCCUUUUUCCAAAUGUGAGCUCCUUCUGGAAGAGAGAUUCGCAUGGACCGGGACUCCUUGAUGAAGCAGCAUCAUUCAUUGGCAGCUAUGAUUUUCCUCACACCACAGAGAGUUUUCCUUUCUCCACUGUGGAAUCAACAAACAUGACCCUAAAUGCCACAAACAAAGACCCUCUGGGUGGACACACUGUCUGGCAAGUAGUUUUGAUUGCUUUCCUCACUGGGAUCCUUGCACUGGUGACCAUCAUAGGAAACAUCCUAGUGAUUGUUGCAUUUAAGGUUAACAAACAACUGAAAACAGUCAACAACUACUUCCUGUUGAGCCUCGCUUGUGCAGAUUUGAUCAUCGGUGUUCUUUCCAUGAAUCUUUAUACCACAUACAUCAUCAUGGACCACUGGGCUUUGGGAAGUUUGGCCUGUGAUCUUUGGCUCUCCAUUGACUACGUUGCCAGUAACGCCUCUGUCAUGAAUCUCCUUGUGAUAAGUUUUGACAGGUAUUUUUCCAUCACUAGGCCACUAACAUACAGAGCCAAACGAACAACCAAAAGGGCUGGGGUAAUGAUUGGUUUAGCAUGGAUCGUCUCUUUUGUUCUUUGGGCCCCUGCCAUCUUGUUUUGGCAGUAUUUUGUUGGGGAGAGGACUGUGCCUCCUGAUGAAUGUUUCAUCCAGUUUCUAACUGAACCUAUCAUCACUUUUGGCACUGCCAUAGCUGCCUUUUAUUUGCCGGUCACCAUUAUGAGUAUUUUGUAUUGGAGGAUCUACAAGGAGACGGAGAAACGCACCAAAGAGUUAGCAGGGCUGCAGGCUUCAGGCAGUGAAGCAGAGGCAGCACGCUUUGUGCACCAGACAGGCAGCUCCCGGAGCUGCAGCAGCUACGAGCUGCAACGGCAGAACAUGAAACGCUCUGCCCGAAAGAAAUACAGGCGCUGCCACUUCUGGCUCACAAUGAAGAGCUGGGAACCCAGCACAGAUCAGGGGGACCAAGAGCACAGCAGCAGUGACAGCUGGAACAACAACGAUGCUGCUGCCUCCCUUGAAAAUUCAGCCUCCUCUGACGAAGAAGACAUUGCUGCAGAGACCAGAGCCAUCUAUUCAAUCGUGCUGAAGCUUCCUGGUCACAGUGCUAUCCUCAAUUCCACAAAACUACCCUCCUCAGAAGAUUUGCAUGAGUCAGGGGAUGAACUGCAGAAAUCCGACACGGAAUCGAAGGAAAAGAAAACUAAAAAAUUGCACCCUCCCAAAAGCGUUCAGGAUGGCGGAAAUUUCCAAAAGAGCUUUACUAAACUUCCAAUUGAAGCAGAGUCAGAGGAGACAACCACCGCUUCUGAUGGCAUCUCAUCAGUGACCAAGACAUCGACAGCCCUGCCCUUGUCCUUUAAGGAAGCAACCCUGGCAAAAAAGUUUGCCUUGAAGACCAGAAGUCAGAUCACAAAACGAAAACGAAUGUCACUUAUCAAAGAAAAGAAAGCAGCACAGACACUCAGUGCCAUUUUGUUUGCCUUCAUCAUUACCUGGACCCCAUAUAACAUCAUGGUUCUGGUGAACACCUUUUGCAGCUGUAUCCCCAAAACUUUCUGGCACCUGGGGUAUUGGCUUUGCUACAUCAAUAGCACAGUGAACCCCAUGUGCUACGCACUGUGUAACAAAACAUUCAGAAACACUUUCAAGAUGCUGCUGCUGUGCCAGUGUGACAAACGAAAACGACGCAAACAGCAGUAUCAGCAAAGACAGUCCGUCAUUUUUCAUAAGCGGAUCCCUAGGGAGGCUUCAUAA